GAUCACAUCAAUGAGCGUGCUCUCAUUAGAGCCGCUAAUUCGGCGAUUCUUCGAAGCCUGGGGACCUAUAGCGUACCGAUUCCGGUGGCCCUUAUUCAUUCUUCCACUUCUACUUACAAUCGGCCUUUCAUUCGGAUUUCUGCGGUUGUCCACACUGCGGGUCGACGAUCCAGCCUACGUAUUCACACCAUCUGACGCACGGUGGCGUAAGGAACUCAAAUCCUUCUCAGAAAAUUGGCCUUUGAAUGAGAAUAAGUUCCUUCCUGGGAAGUCGUUUGAGACAAAAAGAUUUGUGAAUGUUUUGAUCCGAGCUCGUGAUGGAGGCUCAGUCUUGAGGGAGGAAGUGCUGAAGGAGAUCCAGGUUCUAAACCAGUGGAUUUCUAAUAACAUCAGCGUCCCCACUGAUGAUGGGCGGUUCAAUCUGACUUAUCAGGACCUUUGUCUCAGCUAUGACUGGGUAUGCGGUGGGAAUGAACACAUAGAAAUGCUGCUCGAAAGAAAUAGAAUUGGCCACUUUCUUGACCUCUCCUAUCCUCGAGGAGGGAACAAAGAUACUCCGGUCUAUCUUGGAACGAUUUUUGGAGACGUUGAAGUAUUUCGAGAAAACAACACUGUGAAGAGUGCUAAAAUCACGCAGCUGUUUUAUUUUCUGAAACAAGAGCAAUCCAUCGUUCGACGCUACUCCUCGGAUUUCUCCUAUGCUGUAGAGAGAUUCUUUCUGCAUUAUUACAAAUCAAACUUGAUUUCGGUCUCCUUCGCGCAUUACCAGUCGCUUCAAGAUGGCCUCGGAGAAAAUGCUGAGCGUUUUACGCCAAACUUUGUGGUCAGCUUCACGACAUUAUCAAUAUAUGCUCUUGUCAGUGCAUUUUGUUUCAAGUCAAAGCCUCAGCGAGGCAUUGACUGGAUUCGUAGCAAGCCGUGGUUGGCAUGCGCGGGACUUUCUACCACACUUAUGGCUAUUGUAUGCGGUUUUGGAACCUUGAUGCUGAUGGGUGUUAGCUACAAUGUCAUCAACACAAUCAUUCCAUUCCUUAUUAUAGCUAUUGGAAUCGAUGAUAUGUUCAUUAUGAGCGCAUGUUGGGAACAAUCCGAUGAGCGACAGCCGGUACCCGUGCGAAUGGCGCAAACCUUGUCUCACGCAGGAGUUGCAGUUACGAUCACGAACGUCACUGAUAUCAUGUCCUUCGCCAUAGGAUGCAUCACUGAUCUUCCCGGAAUCCAGUUAUUUUGCCUAUAUGCAUGCGUAUCAGUAGCAUACUGCUACCUGUUCCAGAUCACGUACUUCUGUGGGUUUAUGGCGAUCUCUGGAGAUCUUGAGCGGCAAAAGCGGCAUUGUUUGUUCUUCUACAAGACCGUAGGAUCGAUCAGUAUUGCGGAGCUCAACAAGUCGCAUAAAGAAGAAACCGUCUUUCCAGCCAACUUUCGAAAAUUUCAGCGGACGAAAAGUUCGAAUAUUCACAAGACGUAUUCGGAGAGUUCACCUGACACUUCAUUCUACUCGGGCAGAUCACUCUCAUCCGAAAGUGGCAAAACACAUGUUCCAGCUACCCCUCCACCGGCUUACCAGCAUGUGGUGCAAACUGGACAUGACAAGGAACCAAGUGGAAUCGUGAAGUGGCUAGGAGAAACGUACGGACCAUUUAUACUCACGAAUCCCGUACGAGCCAUAGCUGGACUGCUGUUUCUUGUUUACAUCUCUGGCGCUUACUAUGGCUGCGUAAAUUUUCGAGAAGGCUUGAAUCCCGGUAACCUUGUGACGAAGGACCACUACAUCUCGCAGUACUUCGAGGACAUAAAGUCAUUUUGGAAGUCGGGACCCCAGCUUCACGUCGCUAUUCUCAACCCUCCCGAUCUUAUCAGCUCAAAAACGAGGAGUCAAUUGCUGUCUACCGCUGCAGCAUUUGAAAACACCGAGUACUCUCUUGGUAGGGAGGGUACCGUGUUUUUUCUGCUCGAAUAUCUUAACUAUCUUGACCAACUAAAUGUGGAGUUGGAGGAUACGGCGAAACUUUGGCAUUACAAGCUGAGGUCCUGGCUGAAGUACACUGGAGGUUCAUCGCAGUGGGCCAGUGAUAUCAAAUUCAACGAAACUACUAAUGCUAUAGAGGCCUUUCGUUUCUAUAUUGCCAUGAAGAACAUCGUGGAACCAAAUCAACAUAAGCUGGCAGCAAAACUAAUGCGAGAAAUUGCUGAUUCACAGCCGUUCCAUGUAGAAGUUUUCUACGAGGCUUUCCCAUUCGCUGACCAGUACCUCAUUAUUUUACCCGCUAUGAUUUUCAAUGUGGUCAUAUCGUUACUCUGCAUGACAGUGGUUUCGCUGUUAAUGGUUCCAAGUUUGCCUUCGGGUUUCAUAAUCUUCCUCUCGAUUGUCUCGAUCAAUCUUGGUGUUUUUGGUUACAUGACAUUAUGGGGAGUGAACCUCGAUGCUGUUUCGAUGAUUUCGAUCAUAAUGAGUAUUGGUUUCGCUGUGGAUCUUUCUGGACAUAUAGUAUACGCCUUCGUAACCUCACAUGGUGAUACUAACCAGCGAGUCAUUGGCGCACUUGAAGCGCUAGGAUGGCCAAUAUUCCAGGGUGCUUCUUCAACGAUAGCAGGAAUAACAAUAUUGUACACAGUAGAUGCGUACAUCAUACUAGUAUUCUUCAAAACAAUAUGGCUUACGAUGGUCAUAGGGGCCGUUCAUGGCCUAUUCUUCAUACCGGUAUUUCUCUCUAUAUUUCCUGUCGGUUUCUUUCGGAUACCAAAGUCGUCCGAGUUGCAUUAGGCUAGAACUUCUUGAACUUACAUUGGUUGCUCAUUUUCAUGUUUGUUCGUGGUCAUAUCUUACUUCAUCCAUAUCUUAUUUGAAGUGUUGUUACUUCACUUUACAUCCUCGCAAUCAAAUAUUAUAGUCACUUAUUCGUUUUGUUUGAAUAAUGUUGUAAUUAUGGUGUCUUCAUGAAAGCGUGCUGCUAUCUACCGGCCCCGGUUGAUCGUUAACACUUUGCGGCUUCUCAUAAUUUAUCAUAUAUGUAGAAUAGCCUAGGCAUAUAAUCUAUGAGACAUUUAGCUUUAUUGUAAAUUGUGCUGGUUUCGUCUUGUUCCUCUUCCGCUUGCCACUGUAUUUUUUGAUUCGAU